AUGAGCCGCAGAAAAUUGAAUAUUAUCAACUAUGAUAGGGAUUUUAUAAAUAAUGAAGAUCCGAAUGAUGUUCUGCGAUUUUUUAUUUUCGUUGAGGAGAACCAUUUAAGAAUUCGCGACGAGAAUUGGAAAAUGAAUGCGCAGAAAAAUUUGGAUUUAUGGGAUGAGUAUUUGCGAGAAAUUGGGUUACCUGAUGGAGCUACACGAGCUGCAGCAGUCGACUAUGUACUGGACCAUGUGAUUUCCAAAAUUUAUUCCAAUAAUGAGAAAGCAAAAAGUUGGUGGUCUGAGAAGCAUGAGAAAGAGAUGGCUGAAUUAUUGGAGACACUUCAGGACUCAUUGAACCCGCUGAAUAAAAUUGAUUACAAUUCGCCAGAAUUUAUGGAAAAAGCGAAAUCGAUUUGCAGUGUUCUUGGAAUUAAUACCGACUAUUCGAAUUCGAUGGUUCUUAUGAAUGCGGCUUGCACUUAUAUAUUGGAGAAUUUGAACGAAAAGGUUCUAAAUAGUGAGAAGGAACAGAGUUCUGAGCUUCAAUAUUCGGUUAACCAGGAUUCACUGAUUGGAAUGGAGCCACCGAAGCAAGCUGCGGUUCGAUUAGCCGCGGUCAUUCUCAAAUUGACGAGUAUCGAGCAGCUGAGGAAAGCUCAAACGUUAAUCAAUGAAGCUCUAGCGGAAAUUCAGAGACAUACCAUUGAUACAACGAAGAAACCAAAUAAUUCGCAAGUGCAAUACGGAAGAAUGGCUACCGCUGAAACUCGCCGUCGUCCGAAUAUUCUUAUCACAGGAUCGCCGGGAACUGGCAAGAGUACGUUGUCGCAACAAGUCGCUGAGAAAUUGGGAUUUGAUUAUAUUGAAAUCGGAAAAGUUGUCCGUGAAAACCAGUUGUUUGAUUCGUUUGACGAGCAGUAUGAUUGCUAUGUGCUUGAUGAGGAUAAGCUUCUGGACCACAUCCAGGAUCGAAUGGAUAGUGAUGACGGGGGAGUUGUUGUCGACUAUCAUGGUUGCGAUUUCUUUCCGGAAAGGUGGUUCGAUAUUGUAAUUGUUCUGCGCUGCCCGAAUAACAUUCUCUAUGACCGGCUUGCCGCUAGAGGAUACGCGGAUUUCAAGAUUAAAGAAAACAUUGAGUGCGAAAUUUUCGGUUCGCUUGCUGAAGAAGCUCGCGACUCGUAUGACAACGAGAUUGUUCAUGAAAUGCAAUCGCAGACUCCUGAACAAAUGGAUGAGAACCUGAAUAGAAUUUGCGAAAUGGCUGAAGCCCUCAGGAAAUAA